AGUGCGAUGCGAGUGCUUGCGCAAGCGCCGCCCGCCCAGCAUCCCGCGCCCGCCCGUGAAAUGCGCAUUCGUGAAACACAACUCAAGUAAUAAAGGUGUUCGACCCUUUUGUUCAGUGAUAAUUGUUUAUAACUCGAAAUAUUUAACAAAUAACUAUCUUGAAAGUAAUAUAUUUCAAAUACGUGUUUAAUCUUUACGUAAAAAAUGGGAAUGAUUUCGCGAGUGCGCGGACGUCUUCGAAGUGAUUCUUUCUCGAAGUUUCAUACACUUAAAUCUGAGGACAAAAUUGCCAAUAUCGUGUGGUUAAUAUCGUUAGUAUUUCUACUCCCAUAUUGGGCGCCCCGAGGACUACUGGUCGCGCUAGGAGGCGCAUGGUUAAUGGCAGCUUAUACUUGUCUGGUACUGCCAUUGCUUAUCUCUGCUAACUACCGUUAUCCUGCUAGGUGGUAUCCUGCCGUCGCAAAAGUCGUAAGAAAGAUCAUUCGUCGCCUUCGUGCUCCUACUGCAUGUGUACUGGGAGUCCUGAAAACGGCGUAUGCGCCAAUUGAUCGCGCCGAGAAAUUAUUUCUGCAAAUGAACAAUCUUUCCACAAUGAUUAGCCAGUUACUCUUGUUUACUGCAUGUGAUCGCCUCUUAGUAUACCGUGGAAGACUGACCUGCCUCUACUCUUUAAUGUUCUACAAUGUUAUCACAUACUCAGUUAACUAUGUGCGCGAAAUUUGCACAAAAGAAGACUGGUCCCCGUACGUGAACGUGACUCGUCACUCACAAGUAAAACAUCUCGCAAUGUCCGCAACCAAAAUAGUUUUGGAGUGGACAAAAGCAGUAACCUUCAUAGUCACGAUGACUUUCAUUCUCUUGACGCUAGGAUUAGAGCAAGGUUUGGAGCAUUUCCGCCCUACGGCCUUAUACACGAUCGUUACUGGGACUUAUUAUCUUCUAUCAGAGAAGACGUUCCUCGAAUUAUGGCCGAUUGCCUUAACCGCAUUGAAAUUAGAACGACUUGAAGGCAUGGAACCGCUAUAUUGCGGAGUUUGGGCUAGAGGUAUCACAACGGCAAUAGCAGUUCCUCUGGUCCCCAUGCUUGCGUGGAACGAGCGUUGGAGAUUAGCAUUUUUGAUCUUGUACAUUUGUAUCAUUGUGCACGGCCGCCACAGACUCGGUGAAGCAUUAGUAAAGUUGAAUGAAGCUCAGAGUUCUCUAGCAAGAUUCAGACGAGCGACUCCAGAGGAACUCUCUACUCUAGAAGACGUUUGUGCCGUGUGCCUUGGUACAAUGAAAUCAGCUAGAGUAACGCCAUGUGCACAUUUUUUCCAUGCAGAUUGCUUAAGAAAGUGCCUAGCGACGUCUGACAGGUGUCCUAUCUGUGUAAGAGAAUAUAUGUUCUGUUAGAGAAAGCUUAGAAAUAAAAGACUGGUUGCUUAAGAUUCGUAAAACAUUCUUGUUUGAAUUAUUCGAACGCGCCUUUUUGUCUGACACAUGUGUGAUAAAGUUUUUGAGGUAAGAUUAAAUAUGUAAAUAAAUACGAUACAUGAGUCACUACAUUUAGUGACCUCUAAACUAUGAGAGUUAUAUUAAACUGUAUCGCAAACAGGAACAUGUUAUGUUCUGUUUCUAUACAAUACGUUUAUUUGUACGUAAGUUUAUGCUUUUAUAAAAAUGUAAUUUAAUUUUACGGUUAUAGUUGUAAUCGCUUAAAAUGAUUAAAAAACGU